GCCCAGCCCCUCCUGUCCGCGCCCCGAGCUCCCAGGGCCAGCGGGAUGCCCUUCAGGGCAGCGCCCCAGGGUCCUGGGUCGGGGUGCUUGUGGGAACAGGAGAACGGCCGUCGGCGGCUGCCUGGGAAGCUGCUGGGCAGAUGAUAGACGAGGCCGUUCUGGGUCCAGGCCCCGUGGGACCUCAGCCCACAGCCCUGCAGCCUCGGCCCUUUCCGUCCACACCCUUCAGGCAUCUGGGCGGGGGGCUCACGGUGUUUUGACGCAACCUUCCCUUCCUUCCCAGCUCCACUGGGCCUGGCCAUGUGCCCUCGGACCAGUCCCCAGUCCGUGAAGUGGGGCAUCUGUUGCCAUUCACUGUGAGAGAGAUGGACGACUCUGUCACUUGCUGGGGGACUCGGGGCUUAGCACGGAGUCAGCGACUGGGCACUGCUGGCCACGGGCAGGCACUUCCCUUCACUCAGUCGCUUGGCCGUCCGUCUAGCACCUGCCCGUCCAUUCGUGUAUCACCGGACGAUGCUUACAGAGCAGACGGCCUAGAAGUCUCGCAGACACUGGCAGGAAGGGCUGUGACCAAGCUCCAGGGGGUGGCCGCCUGGGGGCCAGAUCCAGACAGACAGAAGCAGACAGUAUCGAGGGUUCUGGAGGGAACCGAAGCGACUGUCCCCAAGAAUGCCAGAGCACCGUGUUUGGCCAGGAUGAGCCUCUCAGGCCGAGCUCUGAAGGAGGAAGUGACGGUGGUUGGGUUCAGGCAGGGGAGGACAGACGCUGUGCUGGAAAGGGGUCCUUUCGACGUAAGACUGCAUUUUGACGUGUUACUAGAAUUGCGAGCUUCAUUGAGCAUCCUGGAAGCUCCAGAGUUAUCACCUCGGGACCACAAAGUGGAGGCCUGGCCGGGUGGGAACUUGGCUUUCUGCCCCUGGGAGUGCCGGGGCCCCUCACUCCCUGUGCCCUUGGGGCUAACCUGUGCCCCACCGCCCCCCAUCAUUCAGCAGGUGGACCGAUGCAGGUGCAGAGUUCACCCCCAAGGGGGUUUCUGCCCCGACACGGGCGAUGCGUGAUUUCACCAGCCUGCAGCAGUGGGCUGUCUGAAGGGCAGGCUGGGAUUUGCAGGGAGGAGAAGGUGGCACAUGGGUGGCCCUGGGGCUGUGGGCCCGACCCCAUCUCCCAGCCUGUGAGGACAGCGACAGAGCAGGGAGGUGGCACUGGGUGUGGCUUCCAGGGUCUGGGGGACACCUGGGCUGGGUGGCGGGGCCCGAGUCUGGGCCUGAGCCGGAUCCUCAGCAGGCUCGGGCGUCUCUGCCUGCAGCAGGCUGCGGCUGUGGUGCAUCAGGCCCGGAGCUUCUGCUUGUCCCCCUCCCCGAUGGGGACACGGAGGGCACUUGGUGCCGCUUCUCUGAAGGAACCUGUCGCUUCCAAGGCCAGGGCUCACCUGUGUUUGUUGGUGGUGGCUGUUGCCCGAGUGACAGCACCACCUGCUGUUCCCGCACGUACCCGGGGCCUCCCGGCUCCCAGCCGCCCGGAAACCCCACCCUGCAGCGGGGAGACCGGGGCCCAGACAGGUGGGCGCGUCUGCCCGAAGCCCGGCAGCUUGUGGGCAGCAAGGUGCACAGCCUGGGCCGCUCUGUUCUGCCUCAGAUGCCAGGGCAAGGGGGAUGUUGGGAGCCAAGGAGAAGAUCUUGCUGGGUGGCUCACACCCAGGGUGGGCCUCUUGCCCCCCCGAGCCUCAGCCCAUCAGACGGGUGGACUUAGACUUUCUGCAGCCUCCUCCAGGUGUGUGGGCACAGGGAGGACGGUGCUCACGGGGAGCUGGGGAGAUGGCACAAGUUCCAGUGGGAGGGACCGGGAUCCUGGCUGCCGCUGGGGCCAGGGAGACAGUCCUGUGGGCGGCACCUGGUGCCCAGACGGGGGUUCCGGUUCCAGCCCUGGUUCCCGGACACCUGGAGCCAAAGGAGAGUCCCCACCCCCAUCUACCCAGCCACCUGCAGGGGCCCGUUGGGAUGCCCAGCUGGGUAAACACGGAGCCUCGUUAGGCCUGAAGUAAGUGUGGCAGCUCCCUUGGGGACGCCCUGCCAGACAGGGUGCAUCAGAGGAGCCUCAGGGCCCUGUGACCUCCCACAGAGACCCAGACCUGGCCACUGUCAGCCUGGGGCCCUCCUGUCCCCGGCAUGACUGUCCUGCUUCGGUUCCUUUUUAGGGUGUCCCCAUUUUUUCAUCUGUCAGAGGAUGAGGCUCGGGUGCAGGUAUACCACCGGGCCUAGAAUGUCACUCCCCCGCCCGAUGCUGUGCCAGGGGAAGCCACACUCCACUGCGUAAUGGUGAUCUUGCCACCAUUGCAGAAGCUGGGCCCGAAGGGGCUUGUCCUGGGGUUGGCGGGGGAGGGGAAUGUCCCGUUCCACCUGGCCACCCAGGAAGCCUCCUGCUCGUUUCUGAGCUGCUCCGGGGUCCCUGAGUUUUGCUUUCAAACAUGAAAGGUGAUUUCCUCACCUUUGCAGCUUUAAUUAUUCCCCCAAAGCUCAUGCAUCUUGAGCAGCAAUGACCGCUGCACCAGUAGCGCUCUCGGAAGACAGUUCGUGUGUGAGGCCUGCUCAACGUGGGGCAGGGAUGGAUUCGGGCUGGAGGCUGAGUCAGGGCCUUGGAUGGGGUAACCCUCUGUUCUCUUUGUCCCCAAAUAGCCCUGGCAUGGGUCUCCCGCUUCCCACAUGGCUUCUGUGCACACAAGUCUUCUAAAUCGGGUCCCGGGCAGCCAGCUGGACAUUGGAUUACUAUACAGCGGGCCAGGCCCAUGCAGGAGCUGAGAGACACCAUGAGAGUCUGGAAGGCAGGGUGGCAGUGGGUGGUUCCUGGAGGGCUCCCUGGAGGAGGAAGUGUGACGAGGCUGGUGAAUGGUUCGGGGCUCUACAGUGGGGCUCCUGGGGCAUCCAUUGGUGUUUUCUUAAGCUUCCUGUGUGGUGCCAGGUCGAUAACUGCUCUGUUAGGGCUGGGAGUGGGGGCUGUGGUGGGAAGGGGUUGUUGGCCCCGUCAUGCAGACCCUGGGACAGAGGGACUCGUAGGCAGGAGUGUAUAUGGGUCACAGUCCGUCCAAGCUGGCCUUGGCUGCGUGCAUCCCACCCCAGGGCUCCUGACCCUGCUGAGGAGCAGGCAGAUGGCCCCAUCUGCUUCCUGGCCCACACAUGGACUGUGCCAGUGGCCCAACUGGGGGCUACGGAGCCUGCCAGGACCGGCCUGAGCCCGAGUGGGUCAGGAGGCAGGCAAGUGAGGGUUUGAAUCCCAGCACUGCCUCUUACCGGCUGGGCCCACUCAGCUCUCAGCUAACCAACCUCAGCCUGCCUUGGGGGUAUCUUGGGAGAAAUGAGAUGGUGCUUUAAAGAGUGCUUAGUGCAGCGUCCGGCACCAGGGCAGCGAUCGAAACAUUACUAAUACCAGUAAUGAACGGCCUUCAGUGAGCACCUGAGCAGCGAGGUUGCAUGUCUGCUUGCUACGUCCUAGCACUGGAACCGACUAGACUCCUGUGAGUCUUUUUGGGGUUAAGUGUAUGCUGUCCUGGUGGGACAGCAUUGAGAGCCCCAGAGCCCCCUAGUGGCCGUUUAGGUAACUGCCGUUCUCUGGGCAACCCGUGCGCCCCACACCCCCCAUUCACCUUUGGGCCCCACACUGUAGGUGAGAAUGUCUUACCCGCGAACUCUCAAGAAACCCAAGGAAACUUUUAGGGUGAUAGAUACGUUAUUUUGAUUGGAGCAAUGGAUCUCUGGUGUAGACCCAUGCCAAAACUUAACCAAAUUGCGUACUUAGAGGAUGUACAGUUUAUUGUAUCUGUUAACAUCUGUGGAAAGCUGUGAAAUUCAAAGAGGACAUCCCUCCCACACCCCCCUGGGACCAGGGCGAUCUAUCACCACAUAACUGUCUGGGCUUCCCUCUCAGACAAACUGAUCCUGGCUUGGGGGUCCCCCUUCCCUGACCCUUGGGGCUCUCCCCAAGGCCUGAAAUCCCCGUGGUGUGCCAGCAUGUCCCCACCCCGAGCCCGUGUGGCAAGCUUCAGGCCUGGCGCGGCACUCCUGGCGCGGCGCGGCACUCCUGGCGCAUUCCACCUUUGCUGACCGAUGGGAUCAUUUAUUUGGGGGCAGAGCAGGCAUGUGAGGGCACUUGGCUUGUCUCAUUAACCAGCUUUGUCCAUAUUUCUUCACCUGUGAACGGGACUCCUGAUACACAGGUGGGGGCUGAAAAGAGAUAAAUAAAUACAGAGACAAGUUGAUUACAGAUAGGAGAGCUGCUGGGAAGGAAGUUAGCCCACGGCAGGGUUGUUACUGGGGGAGAGCUCUUUAAACAGUGGUGUCAGGGGAAGUCUGCGGGGCUGGCUGGGCAGCAGGGUGGCCGGCGCAAAGGCCCUUGGGGGCGUGCAUAGCACGGAGCUGGAGAGCAUGUCCACAUGGCCCCCAGCACUUCCAUGAAGUCACAGAGUGCUGCGAGCACUCCAGGCAUACUCUACCUUGUGAAAGUUCUGUAAGUUAAGUAACUUGCCAAGGUCACAACUGCGAGCACGUGGGCCAGGUUACAGGAGGGCUAGAUCACGCCGGGCUUCCUCAUCAGCCACUUAACAAGCUCAUGUGGACCCAUUUGAAGGUGCAGGGGAAGCUCCUGGAGGGUUUUGAGGAGGGGCCCACAAAUCAAACGUCUGGUUCUGGAAAGUGUGAGUGGGGGGUUGAAUUUUCAGGGGACAGUGCAGAGAACUGAGAGAUCAGUGACAAGGCCGUUGUGGUCCUGUCUGAGACAUGGUGGGGGCCCAGGCGAGGGUGGAUGGGUGCACAGGUGGACGGGUGGGGAUGGAAAGGAGUGGUUGGCUGCCAGCUCUGUUUGCGAAUAGAAGACCCCAGGGUCAAAGCCAGUUAACUCUUUGGCGUCCUCCUCUGUUCCUCCCACUGACCCUGCUCCUCUC